AUGGCCUCACCAUCAAAUCUCGUCCAGCUCGCAAAGAGCCUGCCGGAGCCUCUGCAGCGCUUCUUUGCCCGCUGGCCGCCAGCAGCGCUCGUUGCUCCCGGCACGUCUCCGACGCCAUUCCAAGAGCAGCGACCGAACCCCUUCCGAUUCUACAAGCACCCCGUCACCGGACGAUGGCAGGACCCGGUCUAUUCUCAAAGGAGGCAGAUGCAGCUCGUGAAGCUGGCGCGAGAGCAUGGCGUUGAGGAGCUGCUGCCCCAGACGAACAAGGGCACAGAGUACCAGCUGGCUCAGCGUGUUGAGCAUGGUUUGAGAGUAAAGGGUACUGGUGUGGGACAGAAGGUCAAGGGUCACAUCCACGAACGACACAUGAUUGCAAAGAUGGAACAGAGGAGGAAAGCCAUGCUGGAGAUGCCAAAGCUUAUCCGAGCCUGGAAGAAAAAAACUCAUCCUCCCCAAAUUAUGGCCCUCACAUCGCCAUCUCACUACGACGUCCUCGGUCUCACCCCCACAAUCCUCAGCUCCCUGCCUGACCCCUCCACACUCAUCAAACAGGCCUAUCGCCGAGCUCUUCUGCGGCAUCAUCCAGACAAGGCCGCAUCCUCAUCGACACCAUCAUCAGCGUCCCUGCCAUCUCACUCGAGACCCUCAAAUUCUCAGCUCUACACCGUCGACCAAAUCACACAGGCCUUCACAAUCCUCUCAUCACCUCAUCAGCGCAGUACUUACGACGCAGGCCUGCGACUUUCCAGAGAAAACGCUUGUGAUUCACAGGCACGUUUUCAAACAGGUAUUGAAAACGUGGAUUUAGAUGAUUUGCCGUUUGACGAAGAGGAGGAGCGCUGGUAUAGAUCCUGUCGCUGCGGCAAUAACCAUGGAUACGCCUUUCAGGAGACAGAUUUAGAAGAGGUUGAGCACGAAGGGGUGCUCAUGGUUGGCUGCCAAGAUUGUAGCCUUUGGCUUAAAGUCCACUUUGCCGUUGUAGAAGAUGCAUGA